AUGGAGACUGUCGGUGACGUCGGCCUGGGCCAUCACGAACCUCCUAAAUACGGCUUGAAAUUACUUUUAAACCAUGAAUACCCUAUACAAAGUAAACAGAAAAUCCUACCGAAACCAAAACAAGCCCUUGAAAUGAUGCCUCUUACUGCCAGGUACUUGAAGUACUACAUUGGCAAGAAGUGGAAUAAAAAACGUCCCAUUAUGGACUAUAUCAACAUGAUUUCAGCUCAAAGAAUGUAUGGGUGUCCUAUUGGUGGUAUUGGUGGCGGGACUAUUGGAAGAGGGUUCAAGGGUGAAUUUUGCCGCUUUCAACUAACUCCUGGUCUUUAUGAAUAUGUCACGGUGCCUGAGUGCCAGUUCAUUGUGAACAUUAGAAAUGCAAACAAUGAAACUAUUUUCCAGUCUGUUUUGUCUACAUAUAACAAACCAAAGAAAGCACCAUCUACUUGGGAGUGGAACUUAAAUGGUGGUAAUUGUGAAUAUACUGCGCUAUACCCUCGCGCAUGGACUACCUACGACCUGUCUAAAUACGGAGUGAAGCUUAUCUGCAGACAAAUUUCACCCGUAAUACCGCACAACUAUAAGGACAGCAGCUUGCCAUGUGCUGUAUUUGUGUUCACUGCAAUAAACCUUACCAACGAACCGAGGAACGUGAGCAUUACUUUUACAUGGACUGAAGUCCUUGGAGGUCAUAACAAAAAGAAACAAAUUGCCAAAUUAGAUAUAGAGAGGUACUCCGAAGAUCAUACAUGUGGAGUAACUCUGGAACAGAGGGUUAUCGAAACUCCAUGCACAUUUACCAUAGCAAAGAAUAAGAGCGAAAAUGAAACAAUCCACGAGGGAUAUUGUCUGUGGAACGCGGCGAAAACGUCAAGUUACGUAUGGGAUUGCCUUAAGAAGCACGGGAAGUUGGCACCAGACCCCAGCCUUACUCCUCCACCACCUAAGGUUCCUGACAAGGAUAAAAAGAAGGAGGAAAAGGAGAAGAAUGAUAAACAAAAGAAGCUUUACAAAUGUGAUUCGGUAGCUUUGUCGAGUGUUAUAUCUUUGGAUCCCGGAGGAACAGGACACACAGAGUUUUGUCUUGUUUGGGAUAUGCCUGUUAUUAAAUAUAAGAAAGAUACUAAAAUAUAUAAAAGGUUUUACACUAAGUUCUUUGGUAGUGAUGGUAUCGCCGGCGCCAGCAUAGCUGCGUACGCCCUUAGGAAUUAUAAGAAUUGGGAGAAACAACUCGCAGAGUGGCAGGAUCCUAUUUUGAAUAAUAGCAAUAUACCAGACUGGUUAAAAAGUGCCUUAAUGAAUGAGCUUUAUUUUGUUGCUGACGGCGGCACGCUAUGGAUAGACGUCCACGACGAAUAUCCGGAAACCGACCCUAGGCAUGACUUUGGACUGUUUGGGUACUUAGAAGGUCACGAAUAUAGGAUGUACAACACGUAUGAUGUCCAUUUUUACGCUUCUUUCGCCUUAGCACAAUUGUGGCCUAAUUUACAAGUAGUACUACAAUAUAUGUUUCGAGACACCAUUGGAUUGGAAACUGAAAAAUGUAGGCAGUCGCUGUAUGAUGGGAAAAGUGUGAAGUUUAAGAUUAAAGAUAGUAUACCCCACGACCUCGGUGAUCCAGAUGACGCGCCGUUCAGUAAUAUAAACGCUUAUAAUAUUCACGACGUGAGCGACUGGAAGGACUUGAACCUCAAGUUCAUACUGCAAGUGAUCCGGGACUACCGCCUGUUGAGAGGACACACGGCGCCCUUUGGCAACGAAAGGUACCGCUCUAUGGCGUACAUUGACGACGUCAAGGAGGGUACUGAGGACGACUUGUACUCCCGCAGUACGGGACAGACCGACGACGGUGACACCACCAUCGAAGAAUCGCCGGCCUCCACCGAAGAGUCCACUCCCGCAGUCACCCCCGCGAAGCCUUGUGGCGUCGGCGAUAUAUUAGAUCUAUUGUACAGGAGUGCAGAGACGGAGGCGGAAGAAACUGAGAGUCAUCCACCGCCCGAACGUGCGACAGCGGUGUGGGAGGCGAAGCGGUACAUCGCAGACAUGUACCCUGCUUGCAUGGUGCUGCUUCGACAGGCUCUACGCUGGGACGUGGACGGUGAUGGUCUUAUCGAAAAUAGCGGAUUUCCCGAUCAAACAUUUGAUGCUUGGGUCAUGUCGGGACCGAGUUCGUACUGCGGUGGCCUUUGGGUGGCAUCAAUAAGUGCAGUGUGUGCCAUGGCCCGUAUCCUCGGCCACGACGAAGAUGAAAGAGAGUUUUCAAAAUUGUUGGACCAGGCUCGUCACUCGUUCGAAGAAAAACUAUGGAACGGAUCGUACUAUCUAUUCGAUACGAAACCGUCCAAUAGCUGCGUGGUGAUGGCUGAUCAGUUGGCGGGACACUGGUUCCUACGUGCAUCAGGGUGGACGGAGCAAGUAUUCCCGGAAGCACAUGUCCGCAAAGCGUUAUCGAGUAUCUUCGCACACAACGUGCAGCAGUUCAAAGGAGGGAAAAUGGGAGCGGUCAAUGGUUAUGUGGUCGGUGCCAGGGGACAUAUUGAUACCACUGCUCUUCAGAGUAUGGAGGUCUGGGUUGGUGUGACAUAUGGACUUGCAGCACUUAUGAUAUAUGAAGGAAUGCACGAGGAAGCAUUCCUUACUGCCGGAGGGUUGUACAAGAUGUUAACUGAAAUGGGCCUGUCUUUUGAAACACCGGAGGCGCUGUAUGAGAACGGCAACCAUCGCUCCAUAGCGUACAUGCGUCCAUUAGCGGUGUGGGCUAUGUACCAGGCUAUAAUAGCGAGGCCGCCGCCCGCACAACCCAUAGCUAAUGGCCACCUACACCACAACAAAGAUAAAACUGCAUUAUAG